GUGCGCUGAUGGUCGAGCUGAGGUUUUCUGAUUGAGUAGCGCACCACAAGUCAAAACACUUGUACAUAGAAACGAUAGACAGCCGCAAUAUUAUCUUAACUAAAUAACAGCGGCUGAAAAACCUCGGAAAACUGUAGAAAACAUCGGAAAAAUGACGCAGUUACUACCCAUAAGGUUUCAAGAACAUCUUCAGCUUACAGCUGUAGGAAUUAAUGCUAACAAUGUUAGCUUUAAUACACUCACUAUGGAAUCUGAUAAGUUCAUUUGUGUCAGAGAAAAAGUUGGUGAUACAGCACAGGUAGUCAUCAUUGAUAUGAACGAUUCUGCUAAUCCAAUUAGGAGACCGAUUUCUGCAGAUUCUGCUAUCAUGAAUCCUGCAAGCAAAGUCAUAGCUUUAAAAGCAAUGAAAACACUUCAGAUUUUUAACAUAGAAAUGAAAUCGAAAAUGAAAGCUCAUACAAUGACAGAAGAUGUGGUCUUUUGGAAGUGGAUAUCUUUAAACACCUUAGCAUUGGUAACAGAGACUGCAGUUUAUCAUUGGUCUAUGGAAGGAGAAUCAACUCCAAACAAAAUGUUUGAUCGACAUGCUUCAUUACAUGGCUGUCAAAUAAUUAAUUAUAGAACUGAUCCAAAGCAAACAUGGCUUUUAUUAAUUGGCAUUUCUGCUCAGCAUAAUAGAGUGGUUGGUGCUAUGCAACUUUAUUCUGUUGAAAGAAAAUGUUCCCAGCCAAUCGAAGGACAUGCUGCUUCUUUUGCCCAAUUUAAGAUGGAGGGAAAUCCAGAACCGAGUAACUUAUUUUGUUUUGCUGUUAGAACACUGCAGGGUGCAAAACUUCAUAUUAUUGAAGUGGGUCAACCUCCUGCUGGUAAUCAUCCUUUCCCAAAGAAAGCAGUAGAAGUGUUUUUCCCACAAGAGGCUGGAAAUGAUUUUCCAGUUGCGAUGCAAGUCAGUUCAAAGUACGAUGUUAUAUAUUUAAUUACAAAAUAUGGAUAUAUACAUAUGUAUGAUAUUGAAUCUGCAACAUGUAUAUUUAUGAAUCGCAUAUCUGGAGAAACUAUUUUUGUCACUGCUCCACAUGAAGCAUCUGGUGGUAUAAUAGGAGUGAAUCGAAAAGGUCAAGUUUUAUCAGUAUCUGUUGACGAAGAAAAUAUCAUACCAUAUAUAAAUGGAGUACUACAAAAUCCUGAACUUGCAUUGCGAAUGGCUGUAAGAAAUAAUCUGUCAGGAGCUGAAGAUUUAUUUGUUAGGAAAUUCAAUAUGCUUUUCCAAAAUGGCCAGUAUGCUGAAGCAGCAAAGGUUGCAGCAAAUGCUCCAAAAGGAAUAUUGCGAACACCAACAACUAUUCAACGAUUCCAACAAGUACCAACUACACAAGGACAAACAUCGCCACUGUUGCAAUAUUUUGGAAUACUUUUAGAUCAAGGACAAUUAAACAAAUAUGAAUCUUUGGAAUUAUGUCGUCCAGUGCUGGUACAAGGACGUAAACAACUUCUUGAAAAAUGGUUGAAAGAAGAUAAACUAGAAUGUAGUGAAGAACUGGGUGAUUUAGUGAAACAAGCUGAUCCAACCUUGGCUCUCAGUGUCUAUUUAAGAGCUAAUGUUCCCAAUAAAGUUAUACAAUGUUUCGCAGAAACUGGUCAGUUUCAAAAAAUUGUAUUGUAUGCCAAGAAAGUUUCAUACACCCCUGAUUAUAUAUUUUUGUUAAGAAAUGUUAUGAGAAUUAAUCCUGAUCAGGGUGUAGCAUUUGCCCAAAUGUUAGUGCAAGAUGAUGAACCUUUAGCUGAUAUCAAUCAAAUUGUAGAUAUAUUUAUGGAACAAAAUAUGGUACAACAGUGCACAGCAUUUUUGUUGGACGCUCUGAAAAAUAAUCGGCCAAGUGAAGGAGCAUUACAAACACGCCUCUUAGAAAUGAAUUUGAUGUCUGCUCCUCAAGUUGCUGAUGCAAUUUUGGGAAAUCAAAUGUUUACUCACUAUGACAGAGCCCAUAUUGCACAAUUAUGUGAAAAAGCUGGACUGCUACAGCGUGCUUUGGAACAUUAUACUGACUUAUAUGAUAUUAAAAGAGCAGUUGUGCAUACUCACUUACUAUCUCCCGAUUGGCUUGUUGGAUUUUUUGGAACAUUAUCUGUUGAAGAUUCUUUAGAGUGUUUAAAGGCAAUGCUAACUGCUAAUAUACGACAAAAUUUACAAAUUUGUAUUCAAAUUGCAACAAAGUAUCAUGAACAAUUAACCACGAAAGCAUUGAUCGAUUUAUUUGAAAGCUUUAAAUCAUACGAAGGACUUUUCUACUUUUUGGGAUCUAUUGUUAAUUUCAGUCAGGAUCAAGAAGUGCACUUUAAAUAUAUUCAAGCAGCAUGUAAAACUGGGCAAAUUAAGGAAGUUGAACGAAUUUGUAGAGAGAGUAAUUGCUACAAUCCGGAACGUGUCAAAAACUUUCUUAAGGAGGCAAAGUUGUCUGAUCAGUUACCUUUAAUAAUUGUUUGUGAUCGGUUUGAUUUUGUACAUGAUCUCGUACUAUACCUUUACCGAAAUAAUUUACAAAAAUACAUUGAGAUUUAUGUCCAAAAAGUGAAUCCAUCGCGUCUACCGGUUGUAGUCGGUGGUUUAUUAGAUGUUGAUUGUUCAGAGGAUAUUAUUAAGAAUUUAAUUCUGGUAGUACGAGGACAAUUUUCAACUGAUGAACUGGUAGAAGAAGUUGAAAAGAGAAACCGCUUGAAACUUUUACUUCCAUGGCUGGAAUCUCGUGUUCAUGAAGGUUGUGUAGAGCCUGCAACGCAUAAUGCAUUGGCAAAAAUAUACAUCGAUAGUAACAAUAAUCCCGAGAGAUUCCUUAAAGAGAAUCAGUUUUAUGACAGUAGAGUAGUGGGAAAGUACUGUGAAAAACGUGAUCCACAUUUAGCUUGUAUCGCUUAUGAACGUGGUCAGUGUGAUCGAGAAUUGAUAAGUGUAUGUAAUGAGAAUAGUCUAUUCAAAAGCGAAGCAAGAUAUUUGGUACGACGAAGAGAUCCCGAUUUGUGGGCUGAGGUUCUUCUUGAAAGUAAUCCAUACAAGAGGCAACUAAUUGACCAGGUUGUACAAACAGCUUUAUCAGAAACUCAAGAUCCUGAAGAUAUAUCAGUCACUGUGAAAGCAUUCAUGACUGCUGACUUACCAAAUGAACUGAUUGAACUUCUUGAAAAAAUUGUACUCGAUAGCAGCGUCUUUAGCGAUCAUCGCAAUUUACAAAACCUUCUAAUUUUAACGGCAAUAAAAGCUGAUCGUACACGAGUUAUGGAGUACAUCAAUCGAUUAGAUAAUUAUGAUGCUCCUGACAUUGCUAACAUAGCUAUAAACAAUGAACUGUAUGAAGAAGCUUUCGCUAUAUUUAAGAAAUUUGAUGUCAACACAUCAGCCAUACAAGUUUUAAUUGAGCAGGUCAAUAAUUUGGACAGAGCUUAUGAAUUUGCGGAACGAUGUAACGAACCACCAGUAUGGUCUCAAUUAGCUAGAGCACAAUUACAACAGGGUUUAGUUAAAGAAGCUAUUGACAGCUUCAUUAAAGCAGAUGAUCCAUCAGCAUACGUGGACGUUGUAGAAACAGCCCAUCGAACUUCUCACUGGGAAGACUUGGUUCGUUACUUACAAAUGGCCCGCAAGAAAGCACGUGAAUCUUUCAUUGAAAGUGAAUUGAUAUAUGCGUAUGCGAGAACCAACAGACUGGCAGAUCUUGAAGAAUUUAUUUCUGGGCCUAAUCAUGCUGAUAUACAAAAGAUUGGCGAUAGGUGCUUUGAUGACAAGAUGUACGACGCUGCCAAACUUUUGUAUAACAAUGUAUCGAAUUUUGCACGACUAGCUAUUACACUUGUUCACUUAAAAGAAUUUCAAGGUGCUGUUGAUAGUGCUCGAAAAGCCAAUUCAACUCGUACUUGGAAAGAAGUUUGUUUUGCUUGUGUCGAUAGCGGAGAAUUCAGAUUAGCACAGAUGUGUGGAUUGCACAUAGUUGUACAUGCUGAUGAACUUGAAGAUCUAAUUAAUUAUUAUCAAGAUCGAGGACACUUUGAGGAACUGAUCAAUCUGUUAGAAGCUGCACUGGGACUUGAAAGAGCACAUAUGGGAAUGUUCACUGAAUUAGCUAUACUUUAUAGCAAGUAUAAACCUCAACGAAUGAGAGAACAUCUUGAACUGUUUUGGUCGCGUGUCAAUAUACCAAAGGUACUUCGUGCAGCAGAACAGGCACAUUUAUGGGCAGAACUUGUAUUUUUAUAUGAUAAAUAUGAAGAAUACGAUAAUGCAGUACUUGCAAUGAUGCAACACCCUACUGAAGCAUGGCGAGAAGGACAUUUCAAGGAUGUAAUCACUAAAGUGGCAAAUGUGGAACUAUAUUACAAAGCUAUACAGUUUUAUGUUGAAUACAAACCUCUACUUUUAAAUGACAUUUUACUUGUACUUGCUCCUCGUAUGGAUCAUACAAGAGGAGUUGCAUACUUCAAAAGGACAGGACAUUUGCAGCUUGUAAAACCAUAUUUGAGAUCAGUACAAGCUUUAAACAAUAAAGCAAUCAACGAAGCUUUGAACAGUCUACUUAUCGAUGAAGAAGAUUAUCAAGGUCUCAGAACAUCAAUCGAUGCAUUUGAUAACUUUGAUAACAUUGCACUCGCACAGCAGUUGGAAAAACAUGAAUUAAUUGAGUUUAGAAGAAUCGCCGCAUAUUUAUAUAAAGGAAAUAAUAGAUGGAAACAAUCAGUCGAGCUUUGUAAGAAGGACCGAUUAUUCAGAGAUGCUAUGGAAUAUGCAGCAGAAUCUCGUAAUGCUGAAGUUGCUGAAGAAUUACUAGAGUGGUUCUUAGAAAGAGAAUCAAAAGAUUGUUUUGCAGCAUGUCUGUUCCACUGUUACGAUUUACUUCAUCCAGAUGUUAUCUUGGAACUUGCAUGGCGAAAUCGCAUUUUACACUUCGCCAUGCCCUAUCUUAUUCAAGUCGCACGAGAGUAUAUAACUAAGGUCGAUAAAUUGGAAGAAGCUGAAAGUCGACGUAUCGAAGAAACUGACCAUCAGGAACACAAGCCUAUGAUUAUGCCGGAACCUCAGCUGAUGUUAACAGCAGGACCAGGUAUGAUGGCACCUGGUUAUGCACCACAAGGUGUAUAUGGUGCGCCUCCCCAGGGUGUUUAUGCGCCAGCAAAUGCAACGUACCAAGGUUAUGGUAUGUGAAAUACAAUGUGCAACGGAUUAAGCAACACAGAUCAACAGAAUCUACUUUUCUAUAAUAUAUAGGUAGACCAAGAUUAUUUCAAUAGCCCAUAAUUAUUAUUAUGAAAUGCUGCAACAAUAUCAUUAAAAAGAAAUCAUUGUCGUAAAAUGAUUGUAAUAUAAUAAUGACAAUGAAUUCAAAGUAAUCUACAGAAUAUGUAUGUAAGCGCGAAUUUCUAGUUCAUGGGUAAUGUUUAUAAAACGUUUAAUUUGCUGUUAAAAUAAUCGAAGUACACAUAAAUCAUUGUUUUGUUAAAACAGAAGAUAUUGAAAUUAUUUAAAUAGUAUUAAAAUAUUUUGCAACUACAAACAGAUAUAUACAAUAGAUCAUUUUA